AUGUCAAAAACAUAUGUCUAUAUACCUAAAUCUAAAAGAAAGCCUAAAGAAACUGAAGAUGAAGAUGGGUUUCAAUCUGUUAGUAAAGGAAAAGUAGCUACAAAGUAUUCUUCAAGAAAUGAGUCACCAUACCAAAAGAAGCAACAAGUAAAAGGUUCAUAUCAUCCCACUCCAAAAUCAUUCAAACAAUCUCCUGAUUCAAUUAAAUACCAAAGAGAGUUUAUUCAAGGAACUGAAAUUGAAAAUAAAAUAUUUAAUGAAUAUAAAGCACAAAAAAAAAUUGCUUUAGAUAACUUUCUUUUUUUAUAUUCAAAAGAAUUACAAAGUAAACCUAUUACAAUUAGUAAUGAGUAUGUAUUUGAAUACCGUUCAUCUGUUGAAAGUCAAAAAAGUAAAGAGAUUGAAGUUCAAUAA